AUGCAGUUCUUCGCUAUCCUCUCGCUCCUGGCCGCGGCCGCCAUCGCCAGUCCUAUGGUCGUUCCAGAAAAGGCCAACACAUUCCCAGAGACCACUUUCACCGCCUCAUUCGGAUCUUUCACCCAGACAUUCACUGUUCGUAUCGAACCAAUUUCCUCGUCAACUACACACACACACCUGCUGAUCGAUUCUUCCAAUUUAGUUCCCUCUCCUCCCUACCGGUCACCCAUCAUCUUCCACCACCGCCCAGACCACCACCAAGUCGUCCACCUCCGCCCAGACGACUCAGCCAUCUUUCCCCACCGGAUUCCCGGGAUUCCCACUCCCAUCUUUCCCUACCGAGUUCCCGAAGCCAACAUUCCCUCCCGUCUUCCCCAGCUUCCCAGUUCCAAGCGCUUCGAAGCCGACUGCGAAGCCUACUCACUGGAGAUUCCCCGCCAAGAACUGAUGAAGUCGAGAGCCAAGGAUUAA